AUGUCGAAAGAAAUUAGACAAAAUGAAAAAAUUAGUUAUCGCGUUGAAGGGCCCUUCUUCAUUAUUCAUUUGGCGAAUCCUGACAAUUUGAAUGCAUUAGAAGGUGAAGAUUAUAUCUAUUUAGGAGAAUUACUGGAACUAGCGGACAGGAAUUCUGAUGUUUAUUUUACAGUUCUACAAAGUAGUGGAAGAUUUUUUUCAAGUGGUGCUGAUUUUAAGGGCAUUGCCAAAGCUCAAGGGGACGAUAGCAUAAAAUACGCUUCGGAAACGAGCAAGUGGGUGUCAAAUUUUGUCGCUAGAAAUGUUUAUGUCACUGAUGCUUUCAUUAAGCAUUCCAAGAUCUUAAUAUGUUGCUUGAACGGGCCAGCGAUAGGGUUGAGUGCGGCACUGGUAGCGUUAUGUGACAUUGUGUACAGUAUGAAUGACAAGGUCUAUUUGCUGUAUCCUUUUGCUAACCUAGGACUGAUCACCGAAGGUGGCACAACGAUCUCGUUGCCGUUGAAAUUUGGUAUAAAUACGACGUAUGAACGCCUAAUGUUCAACAAACCAUUCAAGUACGAUAUAAUGUGCGAGAAGGGAUUUGUAAGCAAAAAUUUUAACAUGCCGUCAUCGAAUACUGAAGCGUUCAAUGCGGAGGUGGUGAAAGAAUUGAGUGAGAAAGUGAAAGGGCUGUACCUGCCCAGUUGCUUGGGGAUGAAAAAAUUACUAAAAUCGAAUCACAUUGAUGCAUUCAAUAAAACUAACUCUGUGGAAGUAAACGAAUCACUCAAGUAUUGGGUGGAUGGAGAACCCUUGAGAAGAUUUAGCCAGUUGGGCUCGAAGCAAAGAAAACAUCGGUUAUGA